AUGAGCCACCAGGUCCUGCUGCUCCUGGCCGUGCUGACCCUGGGCCUGGCUACCUCCCAGCAGGGAGACAAGGUGCCCUGUAAGAUGGUGAACAAGGAGGUCUCCUGCCAGUGCCGCGGCCUGGUGCAGGUCCCCUCGGGGCUCCCAUGGGACACGGAGGCCCUUGACCUGUCUGGAAACCAGCUUCAGAGCAUCCUGGCCUCGCCCCUCGGCCUCUACGCAGCGCUCCGCCACCUAGACCUGAGCGCCAACGAGAUCAGCUUCCUCCAGCCGGGCGUCUUCCAGGCCCUGUCCCACCUGGAGCACCUCAACCUGGCCCACAACCGCCUGGCGCUGAGCGCCGGGGGCCUGGGUCGCCUGCCGCACCUGAGGUGGCUGGACCUGUCCGGGAACAGCCUGUACAGCGGCCUGCUGGAGCCGCUGCUGGGGGAGGCGCCCGCCCUGCGCACUCUGGCCCUGGCGGAGAAUAGCCUGACCCGCCUCGCCCGCCAGACCUUCGGGGGCACCCCCGCCCUGGAGCGGCUGGACCUGCACAGCAACGUGCUCAUGGACAUCGAGGACGGCGCCUUCGAGGCCCUGCCCCGCCUGACCCACCUCAACCUCUCCCGGAACUCCCUCACCUGCAUCUCCGACUUCAGCCUCCCGCAGCUGCGGGUGCUGGACCUCAGCUGCAACAGCAUCGAGGCCUUCCAGAUGGCCCCCGAGCCGCAGGCCGGCUACCAGCUCACCUGGCUGGACCUGCGGGAGAACAAGCUGCUCCGCUUCCCCGACCUGGCCGCGCUCCCGGGGCUCAUCUACCUGAACGUGUCCAACAACCUCAUCAGCCUCCCCGCGGGGCCACCCCCGGGGGGCAAGGUCACCCAGGCCCCUUCCGAGGGCUGGUCGGCCUCGCCCCUCUCGAGCCCCCCCGGCCACCGCCGGAACGCCAGCGCCCACCCCCUCUCCCAGCUCUUGAACCUGGAUCUGAGCUACAACGAGAUCGAGCUUGUCCCCGAGGGUUUUCUCGAGCACCUGACCUCCCUGCGCUUCCUGAACCUCAGCCGGAACUGCUUGCAGGCCUUCGAGGCUCCGCGGGCAGGCUCGCUGCCCUGCCUGGUGCUCCUGGACGUCAGCCACAACGCGCUGGACACGCUGGAGCUGGGCGCCGGGGCCCUGGGGUCUCUGCGGACGCUGCUCCUGCAGCACAACGCCCUGCGGGGCCUGCCCCCGCACACCUUUGCCGGCCUGGCGAGCUUGCAGAGGCUCAACCUGCAGGGGAAUCGGGUCGUUCCGUGUGGGGGGCUGGGCGGGCCCGGACCCUCCGGUUGCGUGGACUUCUCUGGCAUCUCCUCCCUCCGCAGCCUAAACUUAGUGGACAACGAGCUGGAGACGCUCGGGGCGGGUGCCUUCCUCCACACGCCACUCACGGAGCUGGACCUCUCUUCCAACCCGGGCCUGAAUGUGGCCACGGGGGCCCUGGCGGGCCUGGAGGCCUCCCUGGAGGCGCUGGCCCUGCAGGGCAAUGGGCUGGAGGUCCUGCAGGUGGACCUGCCCUGCUUCAGCUGCCUCAAGCAGCUCAACCUCGCCGAGAACCGCCUGAGCCGCCUGCCGGCCUGGACGCAGGCCGUGUCUCUGGAGGUGCUGGACCUGAGGAACAACAGCUUCAGCCUGCUGCCCAGCAGCGCCAUGGGCGGCCUGGAGCCCAGCCUGCGGCGCCUCUACCUGCAGGGCAACCCGCUCAGCUGCUGCGGCAACGGCUGGCUGGCGGCCCAGCUGCACCAGGGCCGCGUGGACGUGGACGCCACCCGGGACCUGAUCUGCCGCUUCGACUCCCAGGAGGAGGUGUUCCUCAGCCACGUGCGCCCUGAGGACUGUGAGAAGGGGGGGCUCAAGAACGUCAACCUCAUCAUCAUCCUCACCUUCACGCUCGUCUCUGCCGUCGCCCUCGCCAUGCUGGCCACCUGCUGCUGCGUCCGCCAGCAGAAGUUCAACCAGCAGUACAAAGCCUAG